CACCAGUAUGUCAACACUUUGAUUUCACAACGUUUCUGCCUCCGAAUCGUCGGACUGUUCUACAUUUUUUAAGUUUACAAACGCUCUGUAGCUAACGGGCACAUUGACAUUAACUCACGAACAUCUGUCAGGCGCUCGCUAGGUCAGUGACCAGCCCAGUGAUAUAAGUCAUUUUAACCAGAUAUAUUUGUUAAUUUUAGUCUUUAGUUCGUCUUCUCUUUGACACAAACGCUAAGCUAACAGCUGACGUAGAUCUACCAGCCUAAAUAGUUAAGCUAGCAAAGUAGGUCAGCAGUAGUCGUGCCUCGCCGCGAGCUAGGUUAAAAUUGUCUUGUCCGUUAUCCUGAAUUAGCUGAAUUAUCGCAAAAGAAAAGUGAAGUGGACUACAAAGUUAAAGGAGACAGGAGAGACUGGCAUGGCAGAGAGAAUGGCAGACAUGGAGGAAGACAUUGGGGAUCUGCCAGCCAGAGAGGAUGACAAUGACUCAGACAGAGAUGAAGAUGACAGACUGUUUGCUUGGAUGGUAAAUGACGACAUGGAUGAGGACGAGGAGGAAGAUGAGGUGGAGGAUGAACAGCCCUUAGACACUGAAGCAUCUGAAUCAUUUGAGUUGGACACCCCAGCUGAGCGCAGUGGUCAUAUAGCAGUCGUUGACAGAAAUGUCAUGUAUGUGUGGGGUGGAUACAAAAAUGCUCAAAACCACAGAUUCUUUGACUUGUACCUGCCGAGAAAUGAAAUCUGGACAUACAACAUGGAGUCGGGUGUAUGGACAAAGCAUGUAGCGGGAGGUAACCUGCACACAUCCAUGUCAGGCAGCUGUGGGGUGUGUGUUGAUGGAGUCCUCUACCUUUUUGGAGGACAUCAUGCCAGGGGAAACACAAACAGGAUCUACCGCCUGCCUCUGAGAGCUCCCAGCCUUGUAUGGGAGGAAAUGAGCGAUCUUAAAGGACUCCCUCCAUCAUCCAAGGACAAGUUAGGGUGCUGGGUUCAGAAGAACAGACUUAUAUUCUUUGGGGGCUACGGCUACGCUGCCCAGGGACCUCAUCAAGGGACGUUUGAAUAUGAUGAAUUGUCUUCUUUUGUGUGGGAUAGCCCUGGGCGAGGGUGGAAUAAUCACAUUCAUAUCCUGGACCUAGAGACAUCUACAUGGAGCCAACCCCUCACUACGGGGAACACUCCAUCACCCAGAGCAGCACAUGCCUGUGCCACAGUUGGUAACAGAGGCUAUGUGUUUGGGGGACGAUACAAGAGCUACCGCCUAAAUGACCUGUACUACGUUGAUCUGGACACAUGGGAAUGGCAUGAAAUGAGCAUUCCCCAGCAGUGUCCUGUGGGCCGGUCUUGGCACUCCUUCACUCCUGUGUCAUCAGACCACAUCUUCCUAUUCGGCGGGUUCACCACAGAUAGAGAGACACUGAGCGAUGCUUGGCUGUACUGUGUGAGCAAAAACGAAUGGAAGCCUUUCAAACACAAUCACACGCAGAGCCCCAGGCUGUGGCACACAGCAUGCUCUGGUCCUGAUGGGGAGGUGUUUGUGUUUGGAGGUUGUGCCAACAACCUGUUGUCUCAUCACAGAGCUGCUCACAGCAACGAGUUAUUGGUUUUCAAUGUUCAGCCCAAAUCACUAGUUGGGUUCUGUAUGGAGGCCGUUCUGCAGCACAGGGAGCGUUUGUCUAGUCACUGGGACUGUCUGCCUAAACCUGUCCUGCACAGCCUCAAACAGAGAAUGGCGCGUGUCAACACACUGGGCUCCUAGGCAAAGAGGAGGCCAACAAUUUAGUCCAGAGUGUUACAGGAGAAUGUGUAUGUAUGGAAGAGAGCGGAGUAUCAGUUUAGUGCGUGUGGACACUUGCAUACAUUAAACAAAAUCCUUAAGCAAUAGUGAACAGCUGUGGAUGUAUUGGAAAUGGGUUCCGGACUGGCACGCUAAGGUUCACAGGCGCCCCUCAAAGCUGUUUAUCCACUUCUUCUGUUUAUUACCCUCUAACUCUUGAGAAGCCAGUAGACCCUUCAGUGGAGUAGCAGUGCUGGCGAUGUUCGGCCUGUUGUUAGCACAGCAUAUACGAGCAAGCAGAAGUCCCACACUACUUUCAGGUUAGUUUUCAUUUGGUUUUCUUUCCUCAAUGUAAUUUUUCCAGAGGAUUUCUUUCAUCACUUCUUCUAAAAGGCUAAAUACGAUAGCACAGUUUUCUCUCCUUAUUACAUAAGUGUAUAUCUACUACUGUACUGGAUAAUAAAAUUUUACAAAGGUAACUUAUUUUCGUUAGCAAUUACAGCUAACUACAGCAACAAUGGCCGUGCAUCUAGGGAGGUGUUAGUAUAUAACACUAAGAAAAAUCAUUUUUAUCUUUGUUAAAAUACAAGGUGUUUUGUACUAGCAGCGUAGUAGUAGAUGCCCAUUUAUCUUACAAUAUGGAGAGACAACGUUACCCUCAUGUUUCACGUUUUCAGGAAGACUGCUGUAAGAAGCCCUCUGAGAAAAUGCAUUGUGUGAGGGAGGCUUAUGAGGAAAAAAUACAGUUUGGAAAGGUGGCGGGACUUCAGUUUUGUGUUUUAGCAACUCCAUUUACUCCUGAGGAUUACUGUGCAUACUGUAGGUAUACCCAAGAGUCAAGGGGAUAGUUCUAAUUCUUUAAAUUAACGACACUGAACGCCAGUCAGUUGUUAAAAUAGUGACUUUUCACUGGUUUUUCUCAGAAACCAACUUAAAAAGUCUUCAUUGUCUUAACACUAAGUACGGUGGUGCAAGCCUGAAACAGUUGUUCUUUAAAGGAACUUUUUUUUUUUUUUUAAGGCAGCCUGUUUCUCUUAUAAUUCCUAUAACUUAUGUUUGGCACAGUAAUGAAAACAGAUGUUUGCUUUAUCUUGGGUAGUUUGCUUAAGUUCUCACAGACCUAAAACUAGUGUUUUAUGCUACACAAGACGAUCUACUCUGGAGCCACUGAAAUGUAAACUUUUAGUUUUUAUUUGUAUAUACAGUUGUUUAUAUAUUGGUGAGGAAACGUGUGGGUUCUGUGUUCUGAAAGUGUUUAAAUUGUCACGAGUGUCUCCUGUAGCAUUGGAAUUUUAUUAAAUCAAUAACUUAAAAUACUGCAAGUAUAGUGGAUGUUGAGCCACGUUGCACUGAAAUGCCUCAUGUCAGUAGGGCUUUGUAAUUUGCCUGGUUUGCACAAUGUUCCCUUUGUGUUUUUUAUUGUAGGAGUCAAUGCUUAGUGUUACUUUGUACUCAAAGAAUAAACACAUACCAUAAGAUGUG